AUGGCAUCCGCAACGAAAGUCCACCUCUCGCCACAAUCCGACACCGGCGCCUGGAGCACAGGGAUAACCCCGGACUCAGCCAGGACAGCAAGCGAGGUCUUGCAGGAGGACCUGCAGAAGCAUCAUGUCUACUUCAAUGAGCAGGGUUUCCAUAACCACAUCCCGCACCACAUCCUAACAAUCUACGCCCUGGGCGCAACACCAAGCGAGAUCCGCGCUGCCUAUGAGCGGAAUAAGGCGUACCAGCGGCCCGCACUAGCAGUGAAUGAGGAUGCAGUGCGUGCGUUCCACGACAAAGGCAAGUUCCGCCAGGCGCUGGGCGACGACGGCAACUAUGCGAAUUUCCUCGCGUUCUUCCAGCAGGAGAUUCAGCGAGUUGGUGUUGAGUCUGUUUUGAAGGAGUACCUGUUUAAGGGGGAUGAGAAUGCGGAGAGCUUGAUGGCGAGGUUGUUUGGUGGCCUCCUCCAUCCAAUAAUCCACCUUGGCUUCGCGCUGGAGUUCAACCAGCCGGCCAUCGUCGCUGAAGCGCUCGCGCAGACAGCAAUCCACGAUGACUGGACGGGGCCAAAGUUUCUCUUCCCGGUUGAGAAGGCCGCCGGUGGAAUUGGCAAGAAGACGAACAAGACGAUGCUGCAGCUGCUUGAGGAGGCGCGCGCAGACAAGAAACUAGCCAACUCGGUUCGCUUCGACGACGGGAAUAAACUGCGCGAUGGGGUUCUCAAGCGUGCGCCGGAGGAGAUGAUCAAGUAUGCGUCACAGUAUACGGUUUCUGAAGAGGAGAUGUGGGAGCGGUUUGUGGAGAUGGUGGAUGUUUCUGUAUAUUUCACCGCUGCGUCCCAACGCCCGCCCAAACAGGUCAAGUUUGACUUCUUCUACAUCCACACGGUAAACUCGUCCAUCUUCUUCACCAAGAUCCUAGCGCUGGGAUUCCUCGACACGCGCACGAAGCUCCGCCUGCUUGAGGCCAAAGGACGCAUGGAUCUCAUGGUGUACAUCUCCCGUAACGCACCGGAGCUGUAUCUCGAUGAAAUCACCAAAUACCCGAUCUCGAAUGACUGGGAUGACAUUAUUUCCCAGGGUAACAGGCACCCACGGGACGACGGGCAUCUCUCCAAGUUGAUACGUGCGUUGAAGAACGCAGAGAGUGUUUGUCGUCCGUAUGAAGGAAGGGCGGGGGAGUUAGGGCUUAAGAUUACGGGGGAUGCGUGGUUGAGGAUUGGAAAUAUGGUCAUUGAUUCAGUGAAGGGCAAGGAAGAAGAGAGUAUGUGGGUUCGGUCGACGGGGUUCGACGAGGCCUGGACGCAGAUUGAGGAUCGGGCCAGGUUAUAG